CUUUUUGAGGUUAGUUUUCUUUGCCAACCCAGCCCAAGCGGCACAGAAGGUUUUCUAUUUUUUCAAUAAGAAAAACUCGAAUAAAAAUGGAACAAUUUUUCACGUUUCCCUUCGCCGUACUAGAAAUACCGCCCGUAAAACUGAAAAAACCCUCUUGGCUGAAACAACCCUCGCCCAUGGUCGUUUUUUCCCUAGUGUUGUUUUCCUAUUUUUUAGUCACCGGAGGCAUCAUUUAUGACGUCAUAGUGGAACCCCCUAGUGUAGGCUCCACCACAGAUGAACAUGGACAUUCAAGACCAGUGGCAUUUAUGCCUUAUAGAGUCAACGGCCAAUACAUAAUGGAAGGUUUGGCUUCCAGUUUCCUUUUUACAGUAGGAGGUUUAGGAUUCAUUAUUUUGGACAACGUCCACAGCCCUACAAUGCCAAAACUAAACAGAUACUUGAUGACUGCUAUAGGAUAUAUUUGCAUUAUAGUGUCAUUCUUUACUACGUGGGUGUUUAUGAAAAUGAAACUGCCUGGUUAUUUACAAAAUUAAAUAAAUAAAUUAUUAUAGUCUUAUUCUAAAUGAGCUUAAAAAAUCAGAAGAUCUGUCAAUUAUGUGCUCGAAUUCUGCAAAAGAAAGCGCCCCAUCAUCGUCUAAAUCAGCCUCCUCUAAGAUAUUUUGCACCAAAAUGUUCAAAUCGUUUUCACUAAUUUUAUUCUCUCCGGUCAGUUUUUGAAUAACUUGCUUCAAAUCUGAGACCCCUAACAUGUCAUCACCAUCAAAAUCGAAAAUCCUAAAAGCAUGUUCUGCCUUGACAGAUUUUGGGGCACUUUCUGAAAAAACUGACAUCAUGUCAAGGAAAUCUUCAAAGGUGCAAUCGCCAUCUUGGCUGGAGCUGAACACCUUGCAGAUUCUUUCACCAAAAGGAUUUACACUCAGUUCAGGGUAGAGUAAGAUUUUGGCCAUUGGUAGCUUGGCAUUUUUAUUGUGGCCCACUUUUUCCGGUGCAAGGGUUUUGAAUUUUUGAUGGGCACUAGAAAAAUUCUUUUUUCGUGAAAUAAGUCAAAUCUUGGUAGUCUUGCAGUUCUUCGUUGGUAAGUUGACUAUUAGCUUGACCCAUUGAUAAUAAAUAAAUUAACCGUUAAUCAAUGUUUUUGUUUUAAAAUUUAAAAGAUAACAGAGAUAAGAAAUUACUCCAAUCACUAAUCAUCAGCUGUCAUAAAUCUAAAACUUACGUCCACUGAAUGCAUCUAAUAUCAACAAACAAAAAGUUAAUAAUAGCAACGUUGC